UUGAGAAACUUGACUAUUAAUGAAAGAUUCAAUUUUGCAAGAAAAUCCAAGAUUACAGGAGAGAAGAUAGGUAAGCAAUAUUCUUCUGUUUAAACCCUAGGUAAAAUCUUGAAUCUUGUCUGUCACGUGUGAUUGGGUAGUUCGAUCUUGGCCUUUUGCCCAAAUGGACUAUGACGAAUUUUUGGCGCCACUAUUAUGAUCAAAAACCUCUUAUCCAACGGCUUUACCUGCAAUUCAAACUCUCUUUUCCAUCGCCAAGAUUUGCCUUAAUCUCUACGCUCUCCUCAGUUCAAGAUUUUCACAAUCCUGUUAUUCCAAGAUUCACCGGAACUAUUGACUCCACUUACACAAAGCUCCUUUCUCACCUUUCCCAGAUCAAGUCUCUAGUCCCAGGUCUACAAAUCCAUGCGUGUGUAACGAAGCUUGGGUUGUCCCAAGACAGUAAACAUAGAAACCAUUUGAUAAAUCUUUACUCAAAAUGUGGGGUUUUUGGGCAUGCCCACAAGCUGCUCGAGGAAAGUCCCGAACCAGACUUGGUUUCUUGGUCUUCUUUGAUGUCUGGGUAUGCCCAGAAUGGGCUUGGGGAAGAGGCUGCCUUAGCUUUCCAAAAGAUGCAUUCUUUGGGACUUAAGUGUAAUGAGUUUGCAUUCCCUAGUGUGCUUAAGGCGUGCUCGCUUAAAAAGGAUCUUUUGCUUGGGAAGCAGAUUCAUGGGGUUGUGAUGGUGACUGGGUUUGGAUCUGAUGUGUUUGUGGCCAACACAUUGGUUGUUUUGUAUGCGAAAUGCGGGGAGCUACUGGAUUCUAGGAGACUAUUUGAGGAGAUCCCGGAAAGGAAUGUUGUGUCGUGGAAUGCUUUGUUUUCUUGUUACACACAGAGUGACUAUUUCGGGGAAGCUGUGUGCUUGUUUCAAGAAAUGAUUGAGAGUGGAAUAAGGCCAGAUGAGUAUAGUUUAUCCACAAUAUUGAAUGCUUGUACAGGAUUAGCAGAUAUUGGUCUAGGGAAGAAAAUCCACGGUUAUCUGUUAAAGCUCGGUUAUGAUUCAGACCCUUUCUCCUCUAAUGCACUCGUAGACAUGUAUGCGAAAUUGGGGGACUUGAAAAAGGAUGCCAUUGCUGUUUUUCAGGGAAUUGCAGAACCCGACAUUGUUUCCUGGAAUGCUCUAAUUGCUGGGUGUGUUCUCCGCGAGUGUCAUGACCAAGCUUUGGAUAUGCUGUGCCAGAUGAGAAGGUCGGGAAUGCGGCCAAAUAUGUUCACUUUAUCAAGCGCUCUGAAAGCUUGUGCUGCAUUGCAGCUGCAGCGAACGGGUAAAACAUUGCAUUCUCUUUUAAUCAAGAAAGACAUAGUAUUAGAUCCAUUUGUGAGUGUUGGCCUUAUUGAUAUGUAUUGCAAAUGCGAUCUGAUGAACAAUGCAAGACUAAUCUAUGAUUUGAUGCCCGAGAAGGACUUGAUUGCGUUGAAUGCUAUGAUCUCCGGGUAUUCACAGAACGAGGCAGACACAGAAUGUCUAACCCUUUUCACUGAGAUGCAUGAGAAAGGAAUCGUAUUUGAUCAGACAACUUUACUAGUAGUCCUCAACUCCACUGCCGGCUUGCAGGCUGCUGAUGUCUGUAAACAAGUCCAUGCACUUUGUGUUAAGUCGGGGUUUCUGUCUGAUGCGUUUGUGAUAAAUAGUCUCAUUGAUUCAUACGGAAAAUGUAGCCUGCUGGUGGAUGCAGCUAAAAUUUUCGAGGAAUGCCCGAUUGUAGAUUUGCCAUCGUUUACCUCUUUGAUUACAGCUUAUGCUCAAUAUGGACAAGGCGAAGAAGCUUUGAAGCUAUAUUUAAGGUUGCAAGAUAUGGGUAUAAUUCCUGACUCAUUUGUUUGCAGUUCGCUCCUGAAUGCCUGUGCAAAUCUGUCGGCGUAUGAACAGGGGAAACAAAUGCACGUUCAUGUCAUGAAACACGGGUUCAUGUCUGAUACCUUUGCUGGCAAUUCUCUGGUAAAUAUGUAUGCCAAAUGUGGAAGCAUAGAGGACGCUGGGCGUGCUUUCUCUGAGGUUCCAAACAAAAGUAUUGUCUCGUGGUCAGCUAUGAUUGCGGGGCUUGCCCAGCAUGGACAUGCAACGAAGGCGCUUAAUUUGUUCAGUGAAAUGCUUAGCGAUGGUAUUUCCCCCAAUCACAUAACGCUAGUUAGUGUCCUCUGUGCAUGUAACCAUGCCGGUUUAGUUGCAGAGGCAAAAAACUAUUUCCAGACGAUGAACGAGACGUUUGGAGUGGAACCAACGCAAGAGCACUACGCCUGCAUGAUUGAUGUCCUGGGGCGAGCAGGAGAGCUGGACGAGGCUAUUGGUCUCAUUAAUAAGAUGCCUUUCGAGGCUAAUGCGUCUGUGUGGGGGGCACUUCUCGGUGCUGCAAGAAUCCAUAAAAACGUGCAGCUAGGCGAAGAAGCUGCACACAAGCUUUUCAGCCUUGAACCGGAGAAAUCUGGGACACAUGUUCUUCUUGCAAAUAUUUAUGCAUCAGUUGGGCUGUGGGGGAAUGUAGCAGAGGUGAGAAGGUUGAUGAAAGACAGCAAAGUAAAGAAGGAACCUGGGAUGAGCUGGAUUGAAGCCAAGGACAUGGUAUACUCGUUUAUCGUGGGCGACAGAAGCCAUCCUAGAAGCCAAGAAAUAUACGCCAAACUCGAGGAGUUGGGAGACCUAAUGGCGAAAGCUGGGUAUGUUCCAAUGGUAGAGGUGGAUCUCCACGAUGUCGAAAGGCGACAAAAAGAGAUCCUCCUCUCUUACCACAGCGAGAAACUCGCUGUGGCAUUCGGGUUGAUUGCUACUCCACCUGGAGCUCCCAUCAGGGUGAAGAAGAACCUUAGGAUUUGCUUGGACUGCCACACAGCCUUCAAAUUCAUCUGUAAGAUUGUCUCAAGAGAAAUCAUCAUUAGAGAUAUCAAUAGGUUCCACCAUUUCAAAGAUGGAUCUUGUUCUUGUGGGGAUUACUGGUAACCUUUUAAUUCAAUAAUGUUAUACUUUCUCCA